AUGGAAGUUGACUAUAGAAAUGAUUUCAUUGUUCACCUCGACGAGGUCGACGAUAUACAAUUCAAGAGAAAAGGACCAAAGAUGAUAAAGAACUAUAUCUUGGGUGAGGUACUCGGUGAAGGUGCAUAUGAGAAGGGCAAGCUCUAUAUCAUAUACGAAUAUGUUGGUGGUGGAACUCUACAGAAUCUACUAGAGUCUUCACCAAACUCUAAACUUCCUCCCAUUCAAGCACAAAACAUCUUUAAUCAACUCAUCGAAGCAAUAGAAUAUAUACAUUCACAAAAAAUUUUACAUAGAGAUAUUAAACCAGAUAAUAUAUUAUUUACAAAUGACAGUCUGCUAAAGUUGACAGAUUUCGGUGUUUCAGAGGAUAGCUCGCUACUUGAUGAUUUCGAAUGUUUAUCAAGAAGCUAUGGUUCACCUGCUUUCCAACCACCUGAAUUAACAUCAUUUCAAAGAUCAUUUUCACCUUUUAAAAUCGACAUUUGGGCUAUGGGAGUCACUUUAUAUUUAAUGACAAUAGGUAGAUUCCCAUUCUCUGGUACAAAUAUGUAUAUGUUAUUUGAGAAUAUAUCAAGAUGUAAUAUAGAAUUCCCAGCUGAUAUCGAUAGAGAUUUGUGUGAUUUGAUCAAAGGUAUUCUUCAAAUCGACCACAAUCAAAGAUUUACUAUCAAUCAAAUUAAGAAUCAUAAAUGGUGUAAAAAAGAAUUAGAAUAUGAACCAUUCAUUCCAGUCUCUGCGGAAUCUAAAUUCGAUCCACUGGAGAUUGCUUAUGGUAAUGAUGAAGAUGAACUGAUCUUUGGAUACGAGAACGAUGUUUACCCACAGACACACCAUAUUCUCGCAGAGUCAAUACAUAUUCCAAAUAUUCCACCACCAACUAUCAGUUUGUACUCUGAGGAUCUUCAAACUGACAGCGAUCCCGAUGAUAAUGCAGAGAUUUCUCAACACGAUUUAUAUGAUGCUUCCAAAAAUCAAAAUUCUAUAGAAUCACCAAACAUCAACAUCAACAUCAACAACAACAAUAAUAAUAAUAAUAAUAAUAAUAAUAAUAAUAAUAACAACAACUCGAGUAACAAUGUAAAUAAUUUCAAUGAAGUCCAAGAAUCUGCAAAUAAUGAAAUAAUUGAUAGUUCAAACACAACACCAGCCAACAACUCCCCACAACCACCACUAAGAAACUCAAGUAAUAGAAGACCAAAAAUCACUUUUGAGUCACCUCAUAAUAAGAUAUCAAUUGAUAAAACAUUGAGAUGGAUCAAACUCAAUUUUCAACAUGUUUUAAUCGUGAAUUGUCUUUGUAGAGAAUAUUUUGUGAAAUAG